AUGUCUUCGUCGGUGCUGAUCUUCAACCUCACUCAGGAGUGGGUGGAGAGUCUGCGGAGGUGGCACCUGGAGCUUUUCUUCAUCCCCACCACGGCCAUCUCUCUGGCCGCCUUCCUGGCCAACCCCGUCCUGCUGGCCUGCAUCUUCCUGUCUCGGGCCCUGCGCCAGGAGACGCGCUACCUGCUGGUGGCCAACACCCUGACGGCAGACCUGCUGUUCCUGAUCCUCAACCUGGCCACGGUCAUCUGCAACGCCGUGGACGCCCACAUCCCCUGGCUGCUGUGCGAGCUGAUCACGGCCGUCACCGUCACCUCCUACUGCUGCGCCAUCCUCACCGUCACGCUCAUGGUGGUGGACACCUACGCCGCGGUCCGGUGGCCGCUGCGCUACCACCAUCUUCUGCCACCCGCUCGCACCUGCCGCAUCCUGCUGGGAGCGUGGCUGCUGGCGGCGGUGUACCCCUUCACCCUGUUCAUCAUCAUGGAGACGGAGGGGGCGGAGCUCGGGGAGAAGGUGCCGGUGUGUCUGGUUCUCAUCUCGCUGGGCUUCCUGCAGCUCACAAACACAGUGGGGAUCCACAUCUACUUCUUCGUGGCGGCGGUGGUCUGUGCCGCUCUCAUUUUCUACUGCUACGUCCGGCUGUACAUGGUCACGAGGACGCAGGGGAUCUGGCAGAGCCGCUUCUCCAGGGCCCGGGUCACCCUGCUGGCCCACGGCCUGCUGCUGCUGCUCUACUUCGCUCCCGGCUUGGUUUUCUCUCUGGAGCUCCUGCUGUUCCAGAAGGCGGAGAUCAGUCAAGACGUGCGGGUGUGGAUCAGCACCGUCAACAUGUGUGUGUUCAUGCUGCUGCCCAGGGCCUUCGCUCCCUACCUGUACGGCCUGCGGUACAGGGAGAUCUCGGAGACUGUGAUGCUGCUGCUGCUGCACCGGGACAGGAGGCUCAGCCGUGCAGCGUCCUGA